AUGGCCGUCGGCCACCCAAGCAGCAGCAGCUCAGCACCCCGCCGGCCGCCGCUGAACCAGCAGAUGAGCGUCGUCGCUCUCUCCCUUGUUCCUCCUCCCUCCCGUGGCCUCCUGUGCCUCUCACCCAUCCCCUCUCCUCUCUGUACAGGUGCUCCCCGCGCCAUGGAAGCCACCGCAGGCUCCACGUCGAGCUCCACCAAGUCCCACGCGCCUCAAACCGUCGUCGCCCUCCGUCGUCUUCGCAGCACCACAGGACCAGCAACUCCACCACGCGUGCCCGCCUCCCCGGCGACCCCUCCUGGACCUGCUGCUGCCACCGCCUCGCCAUGGCGCCACUGCAGUUCUUCUGCAGUGCUCCCAACGCCAUGGAAGCCACCGCAGGCUCCACGUCGAGCUCCACCAAGUCCCACGCGCCUCAAACCGUCGUCGCCCUCCGUCGUCUUCGUAGCACCACAGGACCAGCAGCUCCACCGCGCGUGCCCGCCUCCCCGGCGACCCCUCCUAGACCUGCUGCUGUCGCCACCUCGCCAUGGCGCCACUGCAGUUCUUCUGCAGUUAGAUGCAGCAGCGCUGCAUCGAGCGCACGCCCGCGCCGCCGCGUUGACCUCCUCCCCACCUGCCUCGCGCGCCUUGAUCUCCUCCAAGACCGGCCGGAUCCAUCUUCCCGUGCCCGGAUCCGCCCGUCCGCUCCUUCUGCUGCUCGCCGGAGUCCCACGCAUCCCCGGCGUCGUCAACCAUCGCUCCAUCCUCUGCUUCGAGCAACUGAACAAGCGCUCCAGCGGCACCCGCUGA